UUUUCCGUGAAACAUCAGUCUCUUUGUGUCUCACAGAAAGGCAUUUCUCAACAUGAAAGUAUUCGCUAUUCUCGCUUUCGUUCUCGUCUGCGCCGCCCCGGCCUGGAGUAAGAUCUUCACCAAAUGCGAGCUUGCAAAGGAACUCCUUGCACAUGGCAUCGCAAAGUCUGAAAUCCCUAACUGGAUUUGCCUUGUCCAACACGAAUCUGGAUUCAACACCAAGGCCUUAGGAGCCCUCAAUUCAAAUGGAACCCGGGAUUAUGGCCUCUUCCAAAUUAACAACAGAUACUGGUGCCAAGGAAGCAUUGAGUCCUCCAACUUGUGCCACAUCAAGUGUGACGAUCUUCUUUCCGAUAACAUCACUGCAGCUUUGAAUUGUGCUAAAUUGAUCAAGGAACGUCGUGGCGGUACCUUCGAAGCCUGGUACGGAUGGUUGAACUAUUGCCAAAAAUCCUUACCAAGCGUCAGCGAAUGUUUUUAAGGAUGACACAUUUUAUGUGAUAAUACUUGAAUAAAAUGGGUGUUGGCAACAAUCUGUCUAGUUUA